GCCUGGCCAAGAUCAUUUGUUUUCCUCCAGCAUGUUGACAUUCAACAUGGCGGCAUGUCGUCAGUGCUGUGCUGUGUCGUGCUUGUGUAACUAAGAACUUCAAAAUUUAGCAUAGAAGAAAAAGAGGAUAUCGCGUAAAAUUGCAAGUAAAAAAUACAAAAGAGAAGAGAAUAGAAGAGUUAGACGAAGCAAAUAUAUAGACAGAUAGGUAAAUAUUGAAUCAGCGAAUCAAAGUAGGACCCGGUCUGUGAGUGAGACAGGCUUAACAGACAGAUUAGUGAGAGAGGGAGAGAGAGCGGAGAGAGGAGAGAUACAGAUACAGAUAUACAGAGAUUGAGAGACGACGAAAUUAUGAGCAUCAAGAGCACAAUCGCACCCAGCACGCAUUGAGGACAUCUGAGGAUUUUUUUAAUUUAAUUUUUCCCUUUCAAAUUACAAAUUUUGAGUGACUGUGGAUUGUAAUUUUUUAUACGAAAGAAAACACUAUCGGCUUGUUUAUUUUCAAAUAACCCCCAACUUAGCCCCCCCCCUGUGAAUUUGUUGAAUUAUUAAACUUGUAUAUUGUGAAUUGAUUUUCCGAAGACUCGAGAGUAAUUUUAUUGAAAAAGCGAAAGUGAGAAAGGGAGAGAGAGAGGAGCACCCAAUUUUUCGGCUGCCAUAAUCGACUUUUUGCGGGGUGUAUGCCGCACACUGCGCAUAUACCACAAACCAUUCUGUGAUAUUCACUACACUUAAGAAACGAUAUAAACAUUUUAAAUAAAAAGAAGCAAACAAACAUUGAAAGUGAAAGAGACGAAGGAGAAGAAGUAAACAGGCGAUCUGCAGUUGAGCAAUUAAGUGCAGAAGCAGGAAGACAAGACGAAAACAGUGUAUGGACAGCAAUCCUCAGUGGAAUAACUUCCAGCCGCCCCAAGACACCAUGAAUCAAGACUCAGCAAUCAUCGAUUACAAAUCUAUGACCAACAAUGGAAAAUCGCCUCAACAAUUCAAUUUCAACCGUUCAACCUCGGGUUCACGCUUCGGUCAAGACUUCCCGCUUCUCCAGGACAAGUCGUCUACUUACAGCGGAGGCGGCGGCAGCGGAGGUGGCGGCGGUGGCGGCAACAACGGUUUGUACGCUUCGUCGUCUGCGACGAACGCGGCAGCCAACUCGUCCUCGUCCCGUUUCCCGCCCAUCGGUACUUUCUCGCUCGACAACGUCUUCAACAGCAGCGGCGACAACAACGUAUUGAACAACAGUACGGGGAGCGGCGCUGCAGGCGGAGGCGGGAGCAGUUUUUCGAAUGGGAACGGCUCCUCGGCAGCCGCCUAUAAUGACGCCAACUCAUCGAAUCUGGGCACUAGAGAGACUGGCAUUAUCGAAAAGCUGCUGCAUUCAUACGGAUUUAUUCAGUGCUGUGAGCGACAGGCUCGACUGUUCUUCCAUUUCAGCCAGUUCAGUGGCAACAUCGAGCAUCUGAAAAUCGGCGAUCCGGUCGAAUUUGAGAUGACGUACGAUAGAAGGACGGGCAAGCCGAUCGCCAGUUCAGUCACGAAAAUUGCGCCUGAAGUUGUGAUGAGUGAGGAACGGGUGACCGGGACGGUGACGACGGAGGUAAGAGGCGAAGGUUCUGUGGGUGACACGACUGGAAGGAUAAGCUACGAGAAUCGAGGCGAGUGUUUUUUCCUUCCUUACACGAAGGACGAUGUGGAGGGUAAUGUGACGUUGCGAGCCGGCGACAAGGUUAGCUUUCAAAUCGCCACAAAUAACAGGGGUAACUUGGGGGCAUGUCACGUGCGUUUGGAGAAUCCCGCGCAUCCCGUCAAAUAUCAGGGCGUGGUGUGCUCGAUGAAGGAAAGCUUUGGUUUCAUCGAACGUGCGGACGUCGUCAAGGAAAUCUUCUUCCAUUUCAGCGAGGCGAAAACCAAGGAGGAAUUGAGACUCGGCGACGAUGUCGAGUUUAUCAUCCAGACUCGAAACGGCAAGGAGGUGGCGUGCAACAUUACACGUCUACCUCCUGGCACGGUCAUCUUUGAAGACCUCAAGCCGGAGAUUCUCAAAGGUCAGGUGCUCAAACCUUUGGAUCGGGGACCGAAUGCGCGUCAUCAAACUGACGCCCUUCCUGGACGCAUACGGUACAGGGCUCCAGACCACUCCGAAGUGGAGAUUUCUUUCGGAGAUAAAGAUCAAAAGCGGGACUUUACGUUGAAACAUGGGGACUGGGUACAAUUUAAAAUUGCAACCGACAGAAGAGACGGAUUGAACAGGGCGACGCAUAUCUCACUGCUAGACGAGAGUUUCCUAGUUUCUGGGGAAAAACGAGAACAAGGUACGGUUGCGUCAGUGAAGGAGGGAUUCGGUUUUCUGCGCUGUGUAGAAAGAGAACCGCGUCUCUUUUUCCACUUCAACGAGAUCCUGGAUGUGGAUCGAGAGGUUCAGGUCGGCGAUGAGUUCGCCUUCACCGUCGUGCAAGAUCAGACGACCCUCUACACGAACAGUCGACAGAGCGCCAUACGGAUGAAGUGGCUACCGCCGGGUACGGUUCGAUUUGAAGUACGCGUCGAGGAGGAUUUGUCCGGCGUCGUCACCAAAGAGAUUCAGCCCAAUUGGUCCACCAGAAGUCCGGUGAAGACCCAAAACGGAUUCGAGGGAGCCCAAGCGGAGUCUGGUAUUAUCACGUACCAGUUCUAUAAUACCAAGAAAACUAUUCCAUACUACGCGAAGGACUGCGACAUUAAGAACUUCCCACGCGUCGGCGACAAGGUGCAAUUCAACAUCAAUCAGGUCAAGAGGAACAAAGAGAUGAUCGCUGUCGACAUCAAAAUCACCCAACCAUCCACCGCACAAACUAACGGUAUCAAGAACAACGUCGUGAGGACUAAUGGUCAGGUCUAUCAAGGAUUCAUCGCUGCACUUAAAGACGGAUUCGGUUUCAUCGAAACAAUUCAACACGACAAAGAAGUUUUCUUUCACUUCAGCAAUUUCGAGGGUGAUUCGAACACCUUAGAACUGGGUCAAGAAGUCGAGUACAAUGUAGGUGUACGUGGCGGCAGUUCCGGAUCAUGUUCCUCUGCCGAGAACGUGAAAAUCGUACCGAAGGGCACGAUCACCCUGCCCGCAGUGACCGGUGACGUUCUUGACGGCACCGUUGUCAGACCGCUGAGGUCCGUCAAUCCAGAUCAGACGGACUAUUCCGGAUUGAUUCGUAUUAAGAGUGAGAAUCCCGACGACAAACCGGUGGAGUACGAAUUCGGCAUCAUGGGACUAGCGAACAAGCGCGAGCUGUUGCAGGUGGGUGACCAGGUGCAGCUGCAGGUGGACUCGACGGGUCGCGCCGCCAACAUACAGGCUGUGCGUAAGAAAUUACGUGCCACUGUCGACGCGAUCAAAGGCCAGUUCGGAUUUCUCGCGUACGAGGUCGAGGAGGGCAAGAAAUUAUUCUUUCAUAUGACGGAAGUCAAGGAUGGUGUGAGUCUGCAGGUGGGCGAUACUGUCCAGUUUGUGCUGGUGACGAACCAGCGUAGCGGCAAGUCGGCAGCUUGCGGAAUCACCAAAGUCAGCGACGUUCAGACCAGACCCGAACGAUUGAUAAGCAGACUGCGCACGAUCUCGUUGGAUGACACGGGACCGAAGUUGACUGUGCUUCGCCAGCCCAAAGGACCGGAUGGUACGAGGGGCUUCGCCCCCGAAGCCAGGACGGAACGGUCGGCCGGAGGCACGGAUGUCGACUAGCCAUUUUUUUAGUCAUUGGUCGAGUCAUUUUCUUCACUCAUAUACGACAUUUACGUUCAUGCAUACAUACGAGAAACCGUAGCAACUAACUUACUCUUGUCUUAGCAGUGGAGUUAAAGGUAUAUAAUGUAUUUUAUAUUAAGUCUUAUUACUACGUAAGAUUGAACAAUAUUUAUUAAAAACUACUAUUGAGAAAUUGCAAUUUGUUGAAUAAACUCUAGGCAAACAGACCCAAUUUUCUUUUGGUUGUAUACACACCGAAUAUAUUAGUUGUAGCUAAUGUUUAUACGUGCGGUUCGCAGUUUUGCUGUGCUUGAAAAAAAAAUACAAAAAAACACUGCUUGUAAACCAAAAAAAAAAAAAAUUAUAAAAAAAUGAUAAUCCAUGGACAAAUAUGAUACAAUGAAUUUAUUAUUAGGAUACAGUACAUUAAGGUUUUAGGAUAUGAAUAUAGAGAAGACUGCAUCCCCAAACUGUACAUUAUGAUGAUGACCUUUUGUAAUUUUAUUUAGGACUCCGAUUUAGGUGUAAUUAAAUAGUUUGCAGUCGUGUGCAGUACCCGCAACAGCUUCUUUUGGUGUCAAACUUGAACUCUCACAUAUUUAUAUAUACACAUACAUACAUAUACAUGUAAAGGAAUCCUUGCUUCGUACUCCUCUGUGAUAUGCGCUAAUUGAUUGAAAGUGGUAAUAUAUGCAAACUUGGAAAGCCAUAACAUGUUUGCACUAUGUGCUCGUUCGUUUUUGUUAAAUUGUUGAAAGGCGAAAUCAAUCAAUCAAUUUAUGGGGGUGGAUUUCUGCUGUUCUGACUUUCCAUAUUGUAUAUACACGUCCUAUUAUAUUAAAUUUAUUAUGUAACGUUGUCAGCGAGAAAUCUAGCUUUACUUUAUUUACUGUAAUGAUUGUAGGUAUUGUAGUUAGCGAUUUAUUUUAUUUUUAGUAAUUUAUUUGUAAUUGGCAUGUUGAUGUGGGUACUGUGAUGCAGUUUUUUGAGAAUAACUACUACAUAUAUAAAUGUGGAUUAUCUUUCUAUUUGUAAAUUGUUUUUAAUUUUCAAAGGAAGUAAAUAUAUAAGUGAAUACUAUUA